AGCCACUCCCACAGUUAGGCCGGGACAGAGACGCGGCGGCGGCGCGUACGUAAAACGAAACCGCUGAAGCCUGUACAAAGAUGAUUAACUAGUAAAAUAAAGCCAUCGGUAACAGGACGCCGCAGCUGAUCCGGGCUCAACACACCUGGAGGUUAUGUUUUUAGAGAAGGCCAGGCCGCAGCGCCAGUGAGGCAGCUCUGCGCGCACUGGAAACCCGGGAUCCAAUUGGUGGAACCAGAAACGGAGCCCGGGCCUCUUCUACCGCAGGAGGAGCAGAGCUGGAGGAAAUCGAGAGAGACGCUACUGCCAAGACAGCAGCAAAAGAAAACUGCACCGCCUCCUCUGCUGCGCAGCGUGAGGGACUUCACACAAACUGCGCAUCGACUCUGCAGGAUGCACCGCUGCAGCUGCGUAGUUUGUUAAGCACGGACCGACGCAAGCUUGUUCCGGACCCGUGCAAUUUGACAGAAGAAUUGGACUCUAACUGGUCGCUGACCACAGCUGUGACAUUUGUUUCCCCGACUGAGCGUUUAUCGUUGCUCUCCUCCGGAGAGCCCUGCGCUGUCGCCUUGUAGCGGACGUGGGAAAUGUAAACAGUAGUCGGGCUGGAUUUUAAACUACGCACACGUCCGACGUCCUCCUCCCGUCCCCUCCUCCUUCUCCUCCCGGGCUGCCCGAGAUGGAAACGGAGAGGGUCAAGUCGGAGCAGGAGAGAGAGGCAGAGCCGCCCAUGCACAGUGUCCAUGGAACCAACCGGAUCCGACCGUCCUCCUACCGGGCCCUGCGCAGCGCCGUGUCCAGCCUGGCCCGCCUAGAUGACUUCAGCUGCGAGAAGAUCGGAGCUGGGUUCUUCUCUGAGGUCUUCAAGGUGAAACAUCGUGUGACUGGCCAGGUGAUGGCUCUGAAGAUGAACAUCCUGGCCAGUAACAGAGCCAACAUGCUCAGGGAGGUCCAGCUCAUGAACAGACUAUCCCACCCCAACAUACUCAGGUUCAUAGGAGUGUGUGUCCAUGAAGGGCAGCUCCAUGCUCUCACAGAGUACAUCAACGGUGGUAACCUGGAACAGCUGUUGGGCAGCGACAUGUACCUGUCGUGGAGCAUGCGGCUCAGCCUGGCUCUGGACAUCGCACGAGGACUGCAGUACCUGCACAGCAAGGGUAUCUUCCACAGAGACCUCACCUCAAAGAACUGCCUGGUGCGCUGGGAGGGUGGCGUGUGCUCAGCUGUUGUGGGAGACUUUGGCCUGGCAGAGAAAAUUCCAGAUUACAGUGAGGAAGAGGAGCAGGAGCCUCUGGCUGUGGUCGGCUCCCCCUACUGGAUGGCACCAGAGGUGCUCCGCGGAGAGGUGUAUAAUGAGAAGGUGGAUGUGUUCGCAUACGGGAUCAUCCUGUGUGAGAUUAUUGCGAGGAUCCAGGCCGACCCUGACAUCCUGCCGCGCACUGAGGACUUUGGUCUGGAUGUGGAGGCCUUUCAGCAGAUGGUGGGAGACUGUCCCACCGACUUCCUGGAACUGGCCAUCGCCUGCUGUAAUAUGAAUGCAAAGCUCCGUUCGUCAUUUGCCCAAAUCGUAGCAGAGCUGGAACAGAGACGGGCUGAGAGGAAGGGGAAGGACGAGCCAAUAGUGAAAGCUGUUGCUCCUGCAGUUGGCCCUGAGAAAAGGCGAUCCCCCUGCCUCCUGUCAGACCCCCGCCUCUCCCGUAGCGUAUCUGAUAUGCUUCACUCCCAGGACAUCCCCCCUUCAGCUGCCCUUGGACCUCCUGCUCGGGUCAACCCCUUUUCUCAGAGGGAGGACCUCAAAGGUGGCAAGAUAAAGCUGUUCGACACCCCCAGCAAGUCUGUUAUCUCCCUGACCUUCACCUUGCCCCCACCAGACUGUAACGAUCCCUCUGCAUCCGAGGCCGAUGGCUGUGAUCUGUCCAGGAGGCACAGACGCUGCCAUUCACUGCCUUGUACGCCUCCCCCAUACCUCACAUCAGCACCGAGCACUGUCCUCACUGAGGGGGAGUCCCUGUUUGAGAUGGACACUGUAAACGGUGAAACAAAUGGGGAGAGCGAGCGGGAGAGACUGUUGGGAGAAAAGACAGAGAUCAGAGAACAGGGUGGGUCUCAGCUGGCGAGUGAUUCAGGUCUUCCUCUGUCCCUUGAAGCCCUGUCAGUGGACCAAGAAAAGGAGGAGAAUGAGGAGCCGAUGGACUGCACAAGCUCCCCGGACACUCAAGACAACACUUUAUCUCCUCACUCCAAACUCUCCCUUCAAACACCCCAGUCUUUGACUUCCACUCGCUUCUCGAAUGGCUGGGGGUCUGCUGUGUCCAACGGGCCUCCAUCGCUGCCUCCUCUUUCCCAUUUGGACAACAACAACAUGGUCAUGAGUCGACCACUGGGAUGGAGCACCCCCACUGCCAAUGCCACUACCACAGCAAACAAAAACAGCUACCAGUCUCCUCCUGGCGACCCUGCUGGUUUGUCCCCAUAUGGCUCCGGCAGUGGCCACUCUCUGGACCAGGAAGAGGUGAUCUCCUGCCCUGGCUGCUGCCUCGCCGGUCUCCGCUUCCCUUCGAUUUGUCUCAGAGCUCCACCACGCAGGAACCCCUACAAGAACCUGAAUGGGGACCACGCAGCCUCACAUGGGCUGCUUUGUUCAGGACCCAAAGACUUGCCACCCUCACCUACCCCGACAACCACCACCAGCCUGGAGCCGGGACUCACCUUGCCAGGGGCGAAAACAUAAACCUUGACUUCUGAACACCAAA